AUUUUGUUGCACCUGCUACAUGUGCUUUUUAUUAGAAUAAUAAUUUAGAAGCAUGCCGUCAUUGUGAAAAUUCAAUAUAAUAAUGUCGGGUUACUUGGAAGUUAAGUACCCAUUCAAGGCGAAUCUAGGAUUGAAUCCUUUCAAGUCAUGGAAGCGACAAUGGUGUAUUUUACGUCCAAGCCCGACGUGUUUGGGGGGAGGAUCGUUGGCUGUGUAUUGCAGCGAGGCUGGCGCUCCAGCGGGCACUGUGGAGUUGCCGUCGGGUUGCGUAGUACGUCGUGCGAAGUCUCGCACACGUCCGCACGCAUUCGCCGUGUUCUCUAUCGACGACUCACGCAAACCGCGCAUACUACUCGCUGCUCAGUCCCUACAUGACGCUAACAUAUGGAUGGAAAAGAUCAGAAAUCUUCUGAACAACACAAAAUUUUUGGACUCAGAGAAUUCACAAAAAGAUACCUACUCUGUGACUAUAAUCACAACGGACUUGUCCCGUAAAUGCUGUCUGAGUACUGAUAGCAACUUAACACUGUCACCCACGGGGCUUCUGGUCUCGCGAGGCCCUAAGCUGGGCACAGUGGUGGCCUGGAGACAUAUCAGUGAUGUGCUACUGGUCAGUGAGAACGCUGGCAAGAAUCGAACCUGUGUCCUCACAGUGGAUAGCGAGUUCACGAACGGCCCUGGAGAGCUGAAGCUGUCCAGCCCUCUAGCUGGUGAACUGGCCGCGGCCUUGAAGCAGUUCCUCGCCGAGGGUCGCGGGUCUCAGAGCAAGCUGAGCAGGAGUGAGGGCGACCUCCGCACUCAUCCCGACUCCGGUGAGAUCCGCCGCACCAGCUGGUACAGUGGGCCUUCAGAAGUGUCUCUGGAUGACAUCGAGCUAGUCAUGUCCAAAGAAUCGAAGCGCAUCCCCCCCGGGCCGCUGUCCCGGUGCCCCGGCGCCGGAGCCCUGGACGCGGCGGACGCGGCGCCCCGCUCGGUGCGCUCGCUGGCGGCGCUCGAUGACAGUAUGUGUGACCGUCGCUCCUUAGCGUCCUUGGCAUCUGGUAUCUAUGAAGAAAUAGCCGAUGUACCCGACGGAAAGACCGAAUCUCAUCAGACCACUAACACAUACGUUCCUAAGCCACCUGCUGUAACAACUUCAGCUGUCGCAUCUGUUCCGACCGAAUCUGGUCCAAUAAUGUGCACUCCGACUGAGGAUUUGAAACCUUUGGACACUUCCCUCGAUGCGCAGUACUGCGCUAUGACUAGAGGACUUAGUAUAGCGCCCCCCGCGGAGGAGCCGGCGUACGAGAGCGUGCGCGAGAGCGGCGGGGCGCCGCGCGCGCGCCGCCCGCCGCCGCUGCCGCCGCGCGGGUCGACAAAGCUGAGCGAGUCGUGGAACUCGUGCAUUAACGAAUCGUGCGCGGCGGGCGGGCGCGGCGCACGCGCCGGCUCGCUGAGCUCGCUGCAGGCGGCCGCCACGCUGCCCAGGCAGGCCAAGCCCGACAAGGCCAGGCAGACCUUCAGUGUGUUCAGAAAAAGACUGAAAAGCGACUCCCGCCUGCUGAUCUCCCCGAAGUCGUCCACCGCCAAUGAGAACAAGGACGUCGAGACCAAAAAGAAGCGGUUCGAGUUCACACCCACCAGGGACAUGUUCAAGAGCUUCAAAGUGGGCAAGAAGAUGAAGGGGCUGAAGAUAACUGGCGGUCUAGCCAAAGGAGAAACUAAGAGUUGUGAAUUCUUGGACGAGAGCGAACCAGUUGAGACCACUCAUAGAUGCUCUAAAUCCGUGGAGUGCCUGGAGGACGACGAGCUGGACACCAUAGACUCCUCGCUGGCCGUGACGCUGGAGGCGGCGCUGCUGCCCCACGAGCUGCUGCGGCUGCUGCUGCGGCGCGACGAGGAGUACCUCCCCAUGGCGCCCCCCCCCACCGACCACUACAUGGUCAUGUCGCCGAGGAACGUGGCAGGGGUGUAGAACAAUUGGAUAGUGAUGGAUGGAUAGGUAGGUGCCGUGAAUUUGUUUUGUAUUGAGCGUUUGUUUGGUUUGAGCGCGCUGAUAAUUUUGUAGUUUUGUAUGCGGAUUGAGAUUGAAAUGUUUGAUGAUGAUUUAAAUAAAAAGAAAUGUUUGUGCGUUAAGACUGAUAUUGAGGAAUUUGAAGUUGCGUGCGUUAAAUGAGUCGUGUUUUCUACCGGUUGAAAAUGUUUUUAUGUCAGAUGCGAUUGGACUGGAAUUCAAAAUUUGUAAUUACAUUUGAUUUAGUUUGAUUAGAAAUUAUUCUGAAAUAUUUGAUUUUGAUUCAAAAAUGUUUAUUUCAUUGGACUCGACUCAAAUUCCGUGAUGUAUGCUACGAAGACGCCGAUGACUCAGACACCAUACGAAUCGGUUUUGGCCGUUAACGUACAUAAUCAUUUCUUAUAAGCAUACGGGAUACCAUAUCCGGAAGUGCGUCAAACCUUUGUGUUGCAUUAACACUUACCCUACGCAUUAUUUGACACAUCAGGGACCAUUUCGCGUUAAAAACUAUCGCUGUCCCGUUCUUCGUCAUAAUAAAAAGCGAAACAGCGGUACUUUUUCGCGCGAUAAAUACAAAGUCAGUUUAUUAUUUGUUUUGUCAAACAGAUGGUAUUAAAUAGAUAAGAUUUUCUUUAUAUACAUAAGUCACGUAUAUUGCAAAAGAACAACUGAAUGAAAUGAAUGUGUUGUUUAUGGUCAGUUUGUGAAGUUACCAACAGAAAACUGUUCAUGUAGGUAAAACAUUUUGUACGGUUUUGAAUGUUCUAGCGUUUAUGUUUCAAACUGUCACUAUUAUAAAAAUAAUACGUCGUUUAACAUCAAUUCGAGUGGAAAAUUCGUUUUUAAUCAUUCAUCUCGCCUAGAACUUAAAUGUAUUAAUUGAAUUUUAAAGGAUUGAAUGCAACAAUAGAGAUUAUACUAAAAGUUUAAUUAAUAAUUUUAGUUUUAUACAAGAUGAAUGUGGUGUUCAAUUUCGUUCUAAAAUAACAUUUAGAUGCCAAUUAUAUUUUUUAUAGAACAUAUACACGUUUGACGUUGCAAAAAUCGGCCUAAAUAAGAUUUUUUUGUACAGUUUUUCAAUAUGACACCAUUAAUUAAGUGUAGCUUUUAAUUAUUUGUAUGGCCACAUAAUCUUUAAGAUUUCUUUCAUAAAAAACAAAUAUACAACGACGCUACUGUCCUACAUUAAAAAAAAAAACUACUAGAAAUUUUUGAUUAUUUUGACAACUACAAUAUCUGAGCGGAAUUACCAAAGACAACGUCAUGAAAGAGGUUUACACAAAACUCGCAUAUAGACAUAUCAAAUAAAAUCUAAAAUUCUAGAUUUAAUAUUGCAUUUUAAGGCGUACUGCAUUACGAAUUCGGCGUAGCUUAAGAAAAAUUGUUGAAUAAUUCGUACUGGACUGAAUCCUAUUCAGGGAUCAAUGAUUGACUCGUAGUUAUUAGGUAUUUAACGUAGAACUUAGAUUCUUAUUAAACUGUAUGCUGGUUUAUUGCUUUGUAGCUUUCAUUUGAUAAAAAAUUCUUUGUCGACUUGAGAGUAUGCGGUGUUGUGACAGACCGCGUCAGUUUCGUAAGCACAAUAGAAAUCUGACCUCUGUGAAACUGGAGUUAUUUCUAACGAAUUAUAUUCUAUAACGUUGACGGGGCACGUGACUUCUUCGCUCACAAAAGAAAAAAGAGACAACUUUGGGUCUUAAAAUACCGUAUUGAGGUCUGGUUAUUGGCAGGAGAUCAGAUUUCUAUACACAAUAAUGUACUUGCGAUACAUUAAGAUACAAUUAAUAAUGUAUUAAAAACUGACGAUUUAGUUUUUAAACGUGUUUAAAGUAGUUUGGGUUCAGAGCUUGACAUUGUGUCAUGAGCUAGUCAAGGAGUUCGUAUGUAUAAUCGAAACGCCAAAGAACGGUUGGAGUUGUAUUUAAAAAGAUAAAAUUAAAAUAGGAACCGUCUACGUUCUCUUUAACUAUUUAAAU